AGUUGAGUGUACGUGCAAUUCUCUCUUCCUUUAGUGAUCUUCACAGUUGCUACUUAUAAUUUUUAUGGGCGGCCGAGCCCGAGAGCUGACCUUAGCCCUACUUUCCAAUCCUUGCGUUAUUACAAUCCUGCGUCUGCUGCACCGGUUUCUCUCUGCCCUGUCAAAACAAGAACUGGCCACGGCCCUUUGCCGAUUGUCCCGAAAGUAAAGAAGCUGCACCGCGCAGCUCUUACAACGUGUAGAAACGUUGGCGGUCUCCCCAGUUUAGCUGCGGUUUGUCCGCCGGGCAAUCGGGACCGAGAGUGACCACCUUUUUCGGCCUGGCCAGGAGAAGUAUUGGCCACUGUAUGAGACUGGAAAUAAUGGGUGUAAAGCAGGCGGAGCUAGUCUUCUGAUUUUUAGCCUGUCUUAAUCACAAGACCAGUCUGGUAUUUUGAGUCUGUGAAUCUCAAGAAAGUGGAUAGCUUCUCUGUGAUUUCAGUUCUGCAUCUGUGGAUUGGAUGGCCUGCUUCACUUGGCUUACGAAAGCUGCUAGGGAGAGGACUGGAAGCUGGAUGCAGGCUGUAGUCAAUACUUACUUGAGAGGAGAUAUGAAAUUGCUUUGGGAGAAAGAAUCCAUAUUUCAAGCUGAUAUCCCGAUUCCUCAGCAGUUACAACUGGUAUCCAUUGGUGCUUCAGUGACAGAGAGCACAGUAUUAAUGAAAGCUGGAGCCAAGGAAAUUGUCAUCCACCAUUCCAGUCAUCCAAUUUUGUAUCCUGCUUUUUUAAGGAGCUUAAUCACCAAACUUCAAAAUCAUAUCUCUGAAUUUUGACACUUACAACUCUAAAAUAGUUGGUGGACAGGGACAGAGGAACCAGAACUGAUGGAAGACAACUUUCAUAGGAGAAGGCAUUGAUGAAGGGAAGACCAAGCAAGUGAAAGUAAAAUGUGGAUGUUACUUGCUAAAAACUUGUUAAGGACAAAGCUUUAUGAAGACUGCUCUCGAAUUUUGCUGCGAAUACCAAAGGGCAGGCUGAGUUAUCAAAAGUAUUUUUCAUUGAGCAGUAAACCUUGGCUACCUUCAGCAAGGAUAGUGCAGGCAGUUCAGACCUUUAAUAGCGACACAACUAUCCAGAAAGUGGAAACCCUAGAGAAAAAACAGUUUAUCUGUGUUCGUUGGGAAGAUGGCAGUGAGAGCCUUUACCCUUCAGUGUGGCUACGAGACAAUUGCCAGUGCCCAGACUGUUUCCUACACUCUGCUAAAGCACGCAAACUGCUUCUGGAAAAUCUAGAUGUCAAUAUCAAGGUGAAGGAUGUCAUUUUGACAGAACAGAAAAAGAAGAUAAAUAUUGUAUGGCCAGAUGACCACACCAGUGAAUUUGAGGCCGAAUGGUUGAAGAAAAGAUGCUUUUCUGACCAAGCUAGAGCUAAGGCACAGGAAGAAUUAUUUUUAUCAGAGCGCCAAUAUUGGGGUUCUGAUCUUGAGCUCCCUACUAUAGACUUUGAAGAGGUAUUGCACAGUGAUGAAAGUGCAUACAAGUGGUUGGUUACUCUUAAAAAGGUGGGAAUUGUGCUACUAACGGGAGCUGCUAUUAAACAGGGAGAAAUUCUGAAGCUUGGGCAGCGCAUUGGAUUCCUUCGCCUCACAUUUUAUGGGCCCACUUGGCAAGUGCAAAACAAAUUGGAUGCCAACAAUGUGGCGUACACAACUGAGAAGCUAAGUUUUCAUACUGAUUACCCUGUUCUACAAUCUCCACCAGGGAUUCAGUUUCUGCAUUGUAUAAAACAAACUUCUACUGGAGGGGAGAGUGAAGUUGUGGAUGGAUUUCAUGUAGCCAAUAGGUUUAAGGAACAAAAUCCUUAUGCCUUCAAAAUCUUGACCUCUACAUUUGUAGAUUUCACAGACAUUGGAGUUGAUUACUGUGAUUUUGCCAUGCAAGCCAAACAAAGAAUUAUAGAUGUAGAUGAAAAGGGCCAAGUGGUUCGUAUCAAUUUUAACAAUGCAACCAGAGAUACAAUAUUUGACAUACCUGCUGAAAAAGUAAAGCCAUUUUAUGCUGCUCUUAAAGACUAUGUUGGUCUCCUAAAUAGCACGGAUUAUAAAUAUUCAUACAAAAUGAAGCCAGGUGACAUAGUGGUAUUUGAUAAUUGGCGUUUACUUCAUGGUCGGCAGAGUUACCAGGCAGGAGCAGAAAUAUCCCGUCAUCUUGAAGGAGCCUACGCGGACUGGGAUGUAGUAAUGUCAAGGCUCCGAAUUUUACAAAAGAAUGUUCUGAGGAGACAGUGCCUUUGAAGCUUGGACUAAGGAGAACUCUUAAUCUUUGCUGCAUGAUUUUUCCAUAAAGGAAAAUGAACCUGAUAUGUUUUCAGUUUAUUCAAGGCAUUCCUGAAUAAGCUGGGUAUUGUCUAUCCUGUUGGAUAUGCAGAAAAUCUCUUAAACAAAGAAUAACUUGGGUUCUUACAAGUAGUCUUCAACUUAUGUCUGAUUGCUUAGUAACCAUUCAGAGUUA